UUAUUUCCGAAAUACAUACUGAGACAACAAGCAAAACAAGAACAACACAAAAAUCCUUAUUACGUAUUCCAACUAACACAACUAGGGCGCAAAGCUGCUCCAGCUCCUGCUCCUGCUCCUGCGCGAGAUUUGCAAAAGGAGCGCAUUUGCUUUGGCGGCGGCGAUCCCAUCAAUCUUUUUGAUGGCCUGCGCUUUGGCAAGCUCGUCAUUUUUUUGGCCGGCGGACGCAGUUGUAUCCGCAACUCCUGCAACAUGGCCAACAUGAAAUACGAUGAGCGACAGGGUGACGAGCAAUCGGAUGCAUCCAAAUCGGCGGAGAUUUUAGUGAACGAUACGCUGAUAGCUAGCGCCAGUGGCGAGAAUCUAAAGGCGGCCAAAUUGAUGGCCUUCAAGCAGGCGCUGCUCCUGCUCCAGGCUCACUGUUAUAGCAUUAAGCUGAAUGCGUCGCGUCAAACGAUUCAGGUGGAGAGGAGCAACCAUGGCGUGGACAUUAAAGUCACCAAGGAGUCGGCGGACAACUUGGCGGAUUCCAAGCUAGAUGCGAGCAACAAGGGCUACCACAUGAUGCGCCUCAUGGGCUGGACAGGCGGCGGACUGGGUCGCCUCAAGCAGGGACGCGAGGAACCAGUGGGUUACCUGCUGAAAAACAAUCGCAUGGGCUUGGGCUCCACGGAUCCGCAUAAUAAUCUCUCCGACUAUCGCAAGCUCAUUGAGAACUAUGUGAAUUCUGAUGAUAUUCGGGACAUGCAGUUUGAACCCUCCUUCUCCAAAGAGGAUCGUGCCACCUUUCAUCAGAUUGCCAGCAAGUUUGGACUCCGUUCGAGUAGCUAUGGCAAAGGUGAAUCGCGUCGCCUGCUUAUCACCAAGAAAAUCACCAAUAAUAUCAUACUGAGUGAGGUCCUCACGAGACGCAAUCCUAAGUUCUGCGAUCGUUUUAUUGUUCAGGUGCCCGUGCAAAAGUCGCAUUUGUUUCCCGCACAUGUGGCUGCCCUAGAUUUGGACAACCUAAUGGAGUAAAUGCUACGUUUAAAUGUAUUUCGAUGUAUAUAUAUGUGUAAAUCACUCGCAAUUUAAGUAGAAAAUAAAGUUUAUGUAUUGUGCCAGUUUUAAAAAGCGCA